GCAGUUCCAAGGCUGCAUCUUUGCACUGGACAGGUGAGCGAGCUGUCAGUGUCCUCUUGCUGGGUCUCCUUCCUGCAGCCUACCUGUAUCCAGGGCCAGCCGUGGACUAUUCACUGGCUGCUGCCCUCACGCUCCACGGCCACUGGGGUCUUGGACAGGUUAUAACUGACUACGUCCAUGGAGAUACACCCAUUAAACUGGCCAAUACUGGUUUGUAUGUACUGUCGGCCGUUACCUUCGCUGGCCUCUGCUACUUUAACUAUUACGAUGUUGGUAUCUGCAAGGCUGUUGCCAUGCUGUGGAGCCUCUGA